AUGUCAUCAAACCGGAGCCAGAACCCCCACGGGCUGAAGCAGAUCGGCCUGGACCAGAUCUGGGACGACCUCAGAGCCGGAAUCCAGCAGGUCUAUACCAGGCAGAGUAUGGCCAAGUCCCGGUACAUGGAACUCUACACCCACGUGUACAACUACUGUACUAGCGUACACCAGUCAAACCAGGCUCGCGGGGCCGGAGUCCCACCCUCCAAGUCAAAGAAGGGGCAGACACCUGGAGGAGCCCAGUUUGUCGGCUUGGAGCUAUACAAGCGACUAAAGGAGUUUUUAAAGAAUUACUUGACAAAUCUUCUUAAGGACGGAGAAGAUUUGAUGGAUGAGAGCGUCCUCAAGUUCUACACUCAGCAGUGGGAAGACUAUCGGUUCUCUAGCAAAGUGCUGAACGGGAUCUGCGCCUACCUCAACCGACACUGGGUCCGCCGCGAGUGUGACGAAGGGCGGAAGGGCAUCUACGAGAUCUAUUCACUUGCAUUAGUGACUUGGAGAGACUGUCUGUUCAGACCGUUGAAUAAACAGGUAACAAACGCUGUUUUGAAACUCAUUGAGAAGGAAAGAAACGGCGAGACCAUCAAUACGAGGCUGAUUAGUGGAGUUGUACAGUCGUACGUGGAACUGGGGCUGAACGAGGAUGAUGCAUUCGCCAAGGGCCCGACGUUAACUGUGUACAAAGAAUCCUUUGAGUCUCAGUUCUUGGCUGACACGGAGAGAUUUUACACGAGAGAGAGCACUGAGUUCUUGCAACAGAACCCUGUCACCGAGUACAUGAAGAAGGCCGAGGCCCGGCUGCUGGAGGAACAGCGCCGUGUCCAGGUGUACUUGCACGAGAGCACCCAGGAUGAGCUGGCGCGCAAGUGCGAGCAGGUACUCAUCGAGAAGCACCUGGAGAUCUUCCACACCGAGUUCCAGAACUUGCUGGACGCCGACAAGAACGAAGAUCUGGGCCGCAUGUACAACCUCGUGUCCAGGAUCCAGGAUGGCCUGGGGGAGCUGAAGAAACUCCUGGAGACACACAUCCACAACCAGGGUCUUGCUGCGAUUGAGAAGUGUGGUGAAGCUGCGUUAAAUGACCCCAAAACGUACGUCCAGACGGUGCUGGACGUGCACAAGAAAUACAACGCCCUGGUGAUGUCCGCCUUCAACAAUGACGCCGGCUUUGUUGCUGCACUUGAUAAGGCCUGCGGCCGUUUCAUCAACAACAACGCAGUGACCAAGAUGGCACAGUCAUCCAGCAAAUCCCCGGAGCUGCUAGCGCGGUACUGUGACUCCUUACUGAAGAAAAGCUCCAAGAACCCGGAAGAGGCAGAGCUGGAAGACACACUGAACCAAGUGAUGGUUGUCUUCAAGUACAUCGAGGACAAGGAUGUGUUCCAGAAGUUCUACGCAAAGAUGCUGGCCAAGCGCUUGGUGCACCAGAACAGCGCGAGUGACGACGCCGAGGCCAGCAUGAUCUCCAAGCUGAAACAAGCCUGUGGCUUUGAGUACACCUCCAAGCUCCAGCGUAUGUUCCAGGACAUUGGUGUGAGCAAGGACCUGAACGAGCAGUUCAAGAAGCAUCUGACCAAUUCUGAGCCCCUCGACCUGGACUUCAGUAUCCAGGUCCUGAGUUCCGGGUCAUGGCCCUUCCAGCAGUCCUGCACGUUUGCGCUGCCCUCUGAGCUAGAGCGGAGUUACCAGCGAUUCACAGCUUUCUACGCCAGCAGACACAGUGGCAGGAAGUUGACGUGGCUGUACCAGCUGUCCAAAGGGGAAUUGGUGACUAACUGUUUCAAGAACAGAUACACUUUGCAGACGGGCGAGGAGCUCGAGGCGCUGCAGUCCGUGUGCUCUCUCACCCCUUGA